AUGCUUUUCACUAAAGCUCUACUUCUCUCCUUCCUUGGGGUUUCCCUCUCUACUGCCCAAUUUGCGGACAGAGUCGAUGCUCGCGGCCUGGAUGAAGUCGAGGGCCUCUUUUCUCGUGAUGUCCUUGAUGCUCAUGAGGGGUACCUCCAGGCUCGCGAUGAAUACAUUGAGAAGCGAGAUUUGUUCCGCCGUCUUGGGGGCAACGGAGUCUGCUACUCGCACAACAAAGGGACUACUAUGCGAUGCAUGAAGCGCGAAAAGCCGGGUGCUAAUAAGAAGUACUGCGGACCUUGCCGAAAGACUGCUGCCGUUGGGGAGUACUGUCUCUGCAACCCCUAA